CCGCCUCUGGCCGCCGCUGCGUUAGGAGCUGCCGCCAUGUCUGCCCAUCUGCAAUGGAUGGUCGUGCGUAACUGCUCCAGCUUCUUGAUUAAAAGGAACAAGCAGACUUACAGCACCGAGCCCAAUAACCUCAAAGCCCGCAACUCUUUCCGCUACAAUGGGCUGAUCCACCGCAAGACCGUGGGCGUGGAGCCGGCCCCCGACAACAAGGGGGUCGUGGUGGUGAUGAAGCGGAGGUCAGGCCAGAGGAAGCCGGCCACCUCCUACGUGCGGACCACCAUCCACAAGAACGCCCGGGCCACCCUCAGCAGCAUCCGCCACAUGAUCCGCAAGAACAAGUACCGGCCGGACCUGCGCAUGGCCGCCAUCCGCAGGGCCAGCGCCAUCCUGCGCAGCCAGAAGAAGCCGGUGAUGGUGAAGAGGAAGCGAACCCGCCCCACCAAGAGCUCCUGAGCACCAGCCGCCCCAGCCCCCCAGCAAUAAAGACAGCUUGUCUC